AUGAGUGGUAUAGGUAAAAUAGUUCAAAUUGACGAAUCUUUGUUUCGAGGUAAACGAAAAUACAAUCGUGGACGUUUAUUACUUGAUAACCAUAAUAAUAAUAAUAAUAAUAAUGUUAACUUACAAAAUUCGAGUUCAUCUUCAAACAGUGAAUCUGAUGACGAUAAUAAUACUGCACAACCAAAUAAUAACUGGAAAUACGAAAGACGAAUCGACGUUAUACCACUUUUACAUCGAAUGCCAAAUUUAGAAGAACUUCGUUCGUAUUUUAAAUGUUCCCGUGAAAAAUCAUUUAUUGAUGGAAAUGAUUUGAAAGCAAAUAUUAUCAAUCAUUUACCACGAUUAAAGACAUUUGCAUUUAAUAUUUGCUCAUUUAUUGAUCAUUAUAAUCAAAUUGAUAUAUUGACAAAUGAAGAUAUCCAAAAUACAUUUAGAGGAUUUCCAAAUAAUCAAAUUAUUUCUUGUGUUAAUGAUUUUCCAGAUAAAAGCGAAGUAUCAUUAUUUGAUGAACAUCCUUUUGAACAUAAAUUUUUUCUUCGAAUUCAAAAGUUAUUUCCACUCAUGGAAGAUCUAAUUGUAACUAAUCGGAAAACACAAUAUGAAAAAUCAAACAACGGCAAUCAAGAUUUACCACUAAUUCAUUAUCAUCAUCUUGCUUGUCUUGAUCUUACUGAAGUUCAUGAUGAUUAUAUUGAACAAUUUUUACUUGCUACCAAGAUAUCCUUACCAUUUAAUCUUGGUCUUCAUGUCGAUUAUCAAUCUAUACGAAGAGUAACACACGAUUUUAAAAAAAUUGGAGCAAGAAUUAAUUGUUCAAAAAUCAAUUGUCUAUAUUCAAUAGAUCUUAUUUCUCGAUCUUCGAAACAUUUCAAAAAGUAUUUUCUUAGUACAGCUCGUUUGUGA